UUUUAAAAGAAAAAAAUAAUACCCUCCUUAAACCCUAAAAUAAGCAGCGCAGAGCCUCUCUAGUCUAAACUCGCAAAAACCUUGCAUUCUCUUUCUAAUUCUCUCUCUAAAAAAGGUUGAGAAGUCGGAAAUGGCGAGGCGUUUGAUCCCUCUGUUCGAUCGCAUUCUCGUUGAGAAGAUUCUCCCUCCCUCCAAGACCAAUUCUGGGAUCAUUCUUCCCGAAAAAAGCUCCAAGCUCAACUCUGGAAAAGUUGUUGCGGUGGGUCCGGGUGCCACCGAUAGAGAUGGAAAGCUUAUUCCUGCAACUUUAAAGGAAGGAGAGACAGUUCUUUUGCCUGAAUAUGGAGGAACAGAAGUUAAGCUCGGGGAUAAAGAUUAUCAUCUGUACAGGGAGGAUGACAUCCUGGGAAUUCUUCGUGACUAAUGCAUUUCAUUGCUCGGGGCUCGAAAUGGGUGGUUUUCCGAAAUGUGGAAUUCUAAGUUUUUUUUGGCAUCACAGUUUGACAUUGCUGCAUCGUUUGUUUUUUCAAACUUGUACUAGCCUAGAAGACAGUGUUACUCGUAUUCUCGGGGACUCAAGUUUGCAAUUUAAAAGUUAAUCCUUGAUGGGAAUUUUAGAUUACCAUUUAA